GGUCCUCAAGCAUUUCUACAAAAGCUCUUCAGCUCCUCAGCCAUGCCAUCAUACUGUCUCUGCAGCUCAGAUUCUUGCAAGCAUCCCCCAGAGAGCUACUUUAGUUGCUGGGGUGGAAGGUUUGUGCAUUGGCUCCUGAGAAAUAGCUGAGAUUUCUACUAGACUUGUCUGGUAGUAGCUUCCUGCUGCAGUGAUGAACUUCUCCAUUACAACUCUCCUUUUGCUGCUUGCAGCUUCAUGCAGCUAUGCUGCUCCACGAUCUGCUAACGAUAAGAUUCAUGAGCGUGUUCGACGUACCAAUCCAUCCAGCCUUUGGUGGAUUCCUGGUAGAUCUAUUUCUCAGUCUUCCUCCAGUUAUCACUCCCCAGUCAGCUGUGGACACCCCGGGUCUCCUAAUGCAGGAACCAGUCUCUUUGAGUCACUGACAGCUGGCUCUCUUGUGGUACACUCCUGUAACCCUGGUCACAAACUAGUAGGAGCUAAACUGAGGCUCUGUCAGAGCAACGGACAAUGGACUCCCGAACUGCCAAGAUGUGUCUUUGUUGAUUGUGGUGAUCCUGGAGCGCCCCUCCAUGGGAACAAGUGGGUGGGGGCAACUUUCCUCGGAUCCAUCGUCAAGUACAAGUGUAACACGGGCUUCAGUCUCCAUGGUAACAGCUUCAGAGUGUGUCAGAGCAGUGGGAAAUGGAAUGGUCGCCUACCAACCUGCACACCCCUGCCCUGUUCGAAACUUCCCUCCCCUCUUAACGGUCAAGUCUCCAUCUCUGGCAAGGGGAUCAGCGGUAUGGCCAGAUACCAGUGCAACCGAGGGUUCAGUCUGAUUGGACCUAGGACCAGACUAUGCAGGAAUGGAGUGUGGAUGGGCCCAGCUCCGACCUGUCAAGCCAUCACUUGUCCCACUCUUCCCGACAUUGAGUUUGGCAGUGUGAUAGUCUCCAGCAACAGUGCCGGCUCAGUGGCUCGUUAUGUGUGCAAUGUCGGCUUUAAUCUGAUUGGCUCUUCCUCUCGAACAUGUCAGGUCAACGGGCAGUGGUCAAGCAAACAGCCAGAGUGCAAAGAGGUUGGCUGUCGUGUGCUUGAGGCCCCUGAGAAUGGACAGGUGCAACUGAGUGGCACCAGUGUGGGCUCUCAGGCUUUCUACUCGUGUAACAAAGGAUUCCUACUGGUCGGGGACAGAGUGCGAGUGUGUAAGGCUGAGGGAGAGUGGUCCAACCAGGCUCCAGUCUGUCAGGUGGUUGACUGUGGGCUUCUCAGCUCACCCAAAGAUGGUCAAGUGAUUUUCAAGAGGACAACUCUCAACUCUGUAGCCUCGUACGAGUGCAACAAUGGCUUUGUUCUGAUUGGCUCCUCUGAGCGGACAUGUCAGGCUAGUGGUACCUGGUCCAAGGAAGCACCUAUCUGUAAAGUACGUGGUUGCAGUACGUUAGACGAUCCCACCAAUGGGCAGGUGUUUCUCAUUGGCACUACUCCCGGAGCUCUAGCAACGUACAUCUGCAACCCUGGGUUCCGAUUGGAAGGUGCUAGGAACCGUGUGUGUCUGGCCAAUGGCCAGUGGUCUGCCAAGGAACCAACCUGUGUUCGAUUUAGCUGUGGUCGCCUGGACAACCCUGAGAAUGGUCAGGUGACUGUCUCGGGAGUGUCUGCUGGCUCUAAUGCACGCUACAGGUGCAAUACUGGGUUCGAGCUGGUUGGUGCGGCAACUCGAAUCUGUCUACAGACUGGACAAUGGUCUGGAAGUGCUCCAUCUUGUCAAGCUGUGACAUGUGAGAGGCUGUUGGACAUUACCAAUGGACAAGUCUUUCUUUCCGGAGUGACUGUGGACUCAGCAGCUGUGUAUAGAUGUAACACAGGAUUUGAGCUUGUGGGAGACAGCUCCCGAACCUGUCAGUCUAGUGGCCUCUGGUCUGGAGCUGAGCCAAGCUGCACUCCUUCUGGUUGUGAUCGUCUGGACAACCCUGAGGACGGUCGUGUUGAACUCACCGGCACUCAAGUUGGCUCAGUGGCCACCUACUCGUGCUCCCCUGGUUUCUCCCUCAUUGGUGCCCAGUCUCGUAACUGUCUACCCUCUGGGGAGUGGUCUGGCACAGCUCCAAUCUGCCAAGAGAUCAACUGCCCAGAUUUGUCUGAUAUUGCUAAUGGUCGUGUGGUCAUCAGUGGAAACUCAGUUGGCUCUAGAGCCACCUACAGCUGUGCAGCUGGCUUUGGACUGGUGGGGGCCAGCCCUCGCAUCUGCCAACUCAAUGGUCAAUGGAGUGGAGAAGAGCCUUCUUGUCAAGCUGCCUCCUGCCCUGAGCUGAGACAGAUAUCAAACGGAGUGAUCGAGACAACAGGAAUGUCAUUCGGUGACACGGCAACAUACAGCUGUCUGUCCGGGUUCCAACUCAUUGGCAACCAAGUGAGGACCUGUCAGGCCAAUGGUUUCUGGUCAGGAUUUGUGCCUUUCUGUCGAGCCAUCCAGUGCUCGUUCCUCGAUGCCCCCCGAAAUGGUCAGGUGAACCUGCGUGGGACCACAGUGGGCUCUCAGGCUCUCUACACCUGCUUCCCCGGGUUCACUCUGUCCGGGGUUAGCUCCAGAACAUGUCUGGAGAGUGGGGAGUGGAGUGAUCAGGCUCCUACUUGCACAGCCAUCAGAUGUGAGGAGCUGUUGGCUCCGGCCAAUGGUCAGGUGACUCUCACUGGAACAGUCUUCAACUCUCUUGCCAUCUACUCUUGUGACGCUGGCUUUAGUCUUGUGGGCAGGCCCGUCAGGACUUGCAUGUCCAAUGGACAGUGGUCCAAUCAAGCGCCUACUUGUGCUUCUCAACAGUGUGGUCAACUGGACGCUCCUCAGAAUGGUCGUGUGGACCUCGAUGGCUCCACCCCUGGCUCCACCGCCACCUACUCUUGUUUCUCUGGUUUCAGUCUCAUCGGACAAACCUCACGGAUCUGUCAGCCCAAUGGGGUGUGGUCUGGGAGUGCCCCUUUCUGUCAGGGGGUGACCUGCAGUGUACUCAACGCUCCUCAGAACGGACUAUUGACCCUCUCAGGCACACAAGUGAGUGACACUGCCACCUAUGAGUGCCUGCCAGGAUUCGUACUGCAAGGACCGAGUGUGAGAGAGUGUCAGGCAAAUGGACAGUGGAGUCUUCAGGAGCCUACCUGUACUGCCAUUGAUUGUGGUUCCUUGUCGGGCCCUGAUAAUGGAGACGUUGUGUUCUCUAGUACUACAUUCCGCUCCAUCGCUCGCUACAGCUGUGAGUCAGGGUUCGGACUGGUGGGUGUGACUGUGAGGACCUGUGAGGCCAAUGGGGAGUGGUCAGGAACUGCCCCCACUUGUCAAAUCGCCCAGUGCCCUGGUCUGGAUACACCUGCUAAUGGAAACAUUGAAACAACUGGCAUGGAUUUCUGGGACACUGCUACCUACAGCUGCAACAGAGGCUUCAUUCUGGUCGGCGUGGACACUAGAACAUGUCAGGCCAAUGGUGCAUGGAGUGGCAACCCAGCCUUCUGUACAUCUGUUCAGUGCCCAAUUCUUGAGGCCCCUAAGGACGGCCAGGUGCAGUUCACCAGCACAGCGUUUGGUGCAGUGGCUACAUACAGAUGUCACAGCGGGUUUCUGAUCGAGGGAGAUCAAGAGAGGACUUGCCAAGCUGAUGGUUCCUGGUCUGGAGCAAUCCCAAUAUGCAGACGUGUGGACUGUGGCAUACUGAUAGCUCCCAAGAACGGAGACAUUGACUUCAGUCUGGGUACCUCUUACGGCUCAGUGGCCACCUACUCUUGUGUGCCACCCUUUCAACUAGACGGCAGUCCCACUCGAGUGUGUCUGAAUAAUGGGCAGUGGUCUGGAGUGGCACCCUCCUGUGAAUCUCUGGAAUGCCCUGACUUGAGAGCCCCUGAUAAUGGUGACGUGCUUCAGAGUGGCUCCUUCCCCGGGUCAACUGCCAGCUAUACUUGUGACAGGGGAUUCUCUCUGAUUGGUGAUCAGCGACGAAUUUGCCAGGGCAACGGCUUCUGGACAGGAGUGAUCCCUCUCUGUCAACGUACUGAGUGUGAUGAGUUGAAGCCUCCAGAGUAUGGUGAUGUGAAGCUGUCUGGUCUGACCAUUGGCUCACAUGCUACCUACGCUUGUGACGAUGGCUUUGAGCUCCUUGGUAACGAGUUUAGAACCUGUGAGGCUGAUGGGGAGUGGUCAGGCACUGAUCCAAACUGUCAAGGAAUUGAUUGUGGCUCGUUGAGCGAUCCUCUCAAUGGGAUAGUGGAACUGAAAGGAACCAAUGCCGGCGAUACCGCCACCUAUCGUUGCAACACUGGCUUUGUUCUUUUUGGCAAGGGAAUCAGAGAGUGCCACUCAGAUGGAACCUGGAAUGGAAAGGCACCCGAAUGCAGAGAGGUGAACUGUGGUCGCCUGAAUAACCCCAUCAAUGGUUUUGUCUCCGUGUCUGGAACAACCUUUGGGCUCACGGCGACCUAUUCUUGUGAUGCUGGAUUCGAGUUGGUCGGUUUCUCCUCUCGAGUGUGUGAGAUCACUGGCAGCUGGUCAGGAGAGGAGCCCGUUUGUGCAGCUGAUGUGUGCCCCACCUUGGUUGCCCCUGCCAACGGGAAUAUUGCCCAGGGUGCAAAUGAGUAUGGAGAUACGGCAGUGUACAGCUGUAAUGCUGGCUUUACUCUGACUGGUGUGAGGAUUCGAACAUGCUUGAAUGAUGGACAGUGGUCAGGGAAGGCACCUGUUUGUGAAGGUGUGUUAUGUGGCUUCCUUCAAGCACCUGAGAAUGGCAGAUUGAUCUUGCUGGAUGGUACCUCUGUCGGCUCUGUGGCUAGGUACGAGUGCAACCCUGGGUUUGUUCUCAGUGGCAGUACAGCAAGAAGCUGUGAGUCAGAUGGAAAUUGGUCUGGAGUAGAGCCUGUCUGCGAAAUUGUCCAUUGUGAGACCCUUAGUGACCCGGAUAAUGGAAGAGUGAGCAUUUCUGGAACUAGCUUUGGAUCAGAAGCAACUUACACUUGCUUAAGCGGCUUUCUUCUUGUUGGAGCUGAGAUUAGAACGUGCACUGCUGAUCGCAGCUGGUCUCUCUUUGCCCCUGAGUGUGUUACUGUUGAAGAGUUUGUCUGUGAAGAACUUGAUGCUCCACAAAACGGACAAAUCAGACUAACAGGGAUUACUCCAGGAUCUGUGGCAACAUACAGAUGUAAUUCUGGAUUCAGUCUAACCGGGGGAAAUGAGAACAGGAGAUGUAUUGAUGGCACAGGGUGGGAUGGAGUAGCACCAACAUGUGAACCUGUGGAUUGUGGAGAUUUAAUUUCCCCUGAAAACGGUGAAGUAUUGUUAUUGCAAGAAAGUACACUAGGAGCUACUGCCAUCUACAGCUGCGAUCUAGGCUUUCUACUAGUAGGUACUACUCUGAGGCAAUGUGAAGCUAGUGGUGAAUGGUCACCGAGUGAACCAAUUUGUUCUCCUAUCGAGUGUACAAGACUCUCUAACCCUCUGAAUGGCUUAGUAAUAAUGGAGGGUGUUACACUUGGGUCUAUUGCUACCUACUCGUGUGGAGAAGGAUUUAAUGUGAUUGGACAGACUACAAGAAUUUGUGAGAGUGAUGGAAACUGGUCAGACAGAGCACCCACAUGUACAAGGAUAGGUCCUUUGGACUGUGAAGACCCUGGUGUACCUGUUAAUGGACGUAGAUUAGGAGAUGACUUCCGCCAGGGUGCUACUGUGUACUAUGAGUGCAAUGAAGGCUUUCAGCUAACUGGUUCUUCUUCUAGAGUCUGCCAGGGAAAUGGCUUGUGGAAUACAUUCCUGCCUACAUGUGUUCCAAUAUCUAUAGAUGAUGAUCAGUGUAUCAGCGGGAGAACUUCAUAUGAUAUUUGUGGUAGACAAUGUACCUGUGUGGGGGGUCAAGUUGUCGAUUGUUGUCGAGUUCGAGUUGAUUUUGCUGGUAUGUCCAGUGAAGAUAAAAAUCGUUUCAUUUCAGCCAUCAUCCGAGUUGCCACUGAUCCCCAGUUUAAGCCUAGAUACGAUGCACUUGUUGCUCUCUACAAAUCCUCCUCUGAUACUGAUGCCCAGGGCACCCAACCAUCAACAAGCCAAUUCCUGCCAUGGAACAGAUACUUCAUGAUCCAGUAUGAGAACCUCCUUCGGGAAAUAGAUUGCAAAAUCACUCUACCGUACUGGGACUGGACAGCUCUACCACUGAACCCAUACUUGUCACCUGUGUUCGAUCCUCUGACUGGUUUUGGUGACACCUCUCGCUCCAAUGACAGCUGUGUGAGCAGUGGACCGUUUAAUUUUAAUGACUUCUCUAUCACUCCUUCGGCUGGUGGUGGCUGUCUCAAACGUGACUACCGAGUUCAGAUGUUCCCUACAAGAGCUAUAGUCGAACAAGACCUUCUAACGCUAUCUGCUACUAGUUUUAACGAAUUCCACCAGUUCCUUCAGGUGCUUAUCCACACCAAUGUACGAUGCUAUAUCGGAGGACAGAUGUGCUCACCUGAUGCUGCUAAUGACCCUCUCUAUCUCCUUCAUCUUGCUCAGAUUGAUUUCCUCUUCGACCGAUGGCAAAGAAUAGAUCCAAGCCGUCUGAACGUUCGUUUUGCCAGUGACAAUUCUACACUUUCUCUCACCAAUUUGAUGGUCUCUCAAUUUGCUAACAACAAUGCCCUAGCUGAUGAUGUUUGUAUCCUCUAUGAUCAUCCUCAAUUAAAAAAUCAUGUUCCACAGCCCUUAAGGUUUCUCUCAGAUGCUCUGGAGCAGAUGACAAAGAACCACGAAUUAAAAAUGCUGUGUGUCGGAAAUUCAGAAAUGAAACUGGUGGGAGUGAAUGGGGACAAGGAGGAAGAGUUUAUGGAUAAGAUGUGCAAGAAAGUUUAAAUUAAUCACUGCAUGUAUAAUUAUACAUGUUUAGUAUCGAACACCACCAAACAUUAGUGUUCUUAUGACGUACGUAUAUCUAUGUAAUUAUGUGUCUUGAUAGAUUUUUAUCAUAAUAUUA